GAGCUGUACUUUUCUUGCCAGGUUGGGAAGAGAAGGAUAUCUUCUUAGUUUAUUACCAUUGUUGAUUAUGUUUCGAGUCCUCUUUCUCCAAUAUUUUUGAUCCGAAUCUCAUGAAAUCGGAAUUACUCACAUAACCAACAAAGUCUUGUCCUCUUAUUUUGAGAUUUGGUUCUAACUCCUCUAGCUGAGCCUUCGUCCUGGUGCGCCUGAAGCUCGCAGUUAUUACUUCAGUGUUAUGCUUCUCUGGCAAUGCUUCGUUUUAUAGACGAGUCCAUUCCUUGAACAUGUCGUUGGAUUUUGCUAAGUGGGAGCUCCCUGGAGACAGCCCAAGCCAACAAGUGCCAGAAGUGCUACUCCUAGCUGCGGUUUUUCUCGGGCUUCUUUUAGCCGUGUAUACCCACGCGUAUGUCUUCGCAACACUGAUCGCGACUCAAACACCCAAUCCUAUAUUGAAUUCAUCACUCUCGCGCCAGGAUUUUAGAGGUCUUUCAGUCUCCGUCUUCCAUCGGCUGGCCAAGAUCUAUGUGAUUUCUAUAUUCCCUAUGAAGGACUUCAGUCCUCUGAAGUGCGGCUUGCUCAACUUAACAGUCGAAUUGCUACUUUCGUACCUGAGAGUAGCCAAUGUGCUCAAAAUUCUGCGUCCACAUUCAAAAACCCUUCCUUACUCACGUUGCAUUCCAACGUGGUCAAUGUGGUCGAAGACCUUCCCAUCAAUCUUACUGUAUAGUACUGCCUCGAGUAUAUGCUUCUAUCUGCCUACCUACUUGAUUCAGUUGGCUUGUGCUUUAGAUGAGCGGUUGGAGGUCUCAGAAACGGUGCAGUUUACCAGUCUUCUAGGAACUAUCAUGGUUCUUUACUUUGGAAUGGUUGUUCCGACAUAUGCAAUCUUUAUUCGAGUCACUGCCUCUGCGCAAAGGGGUGAGUCGAUGACUAUCAGGGGCGCCUGGCAAGGGUUCUCGUGGUCAUCUCGGGUACACUUUUUCAAAUUACUUGGCGAGGUUCUAUUCCUGGAAGCAGGUGUCACAGUCGUUAUGGUUUUGUCUGUGUUCGCUUUGGGUCAUCCUACUGUGCAUGAUGAUGUUUUUCAGCUUUUUGUCAAAUACUUUAGCUAG